AUGUCUGGUCCUCUUUUCGGCAUCGUUCCGGCCGGUCAGCCUCUGCUGACGGACCCAACAUCGGCGCCCUCAGAAACCUCAUUCCUCUACUCCAUAUCCGCUGCCCGGCCCUUCUCUCACGUCACAGUGAUGCUGCUGCCGGGCGUCGUCCUGCCCACGGACACCGCUGCAGCCAUCUAUUUCGCAACAGCUGCCGAUGUCGCCGCCGCCGCUGCCACAGGCCAGACGCCAAACUUCAAAUUCCUUGGCGGUAUAGGGACGGGUAAAGAAAGUGCCACCUUCAAGAUCAAUGCUGGGGGCAACUCCAACAAUUGUGGCGCGGAUCUCAAUAACGGGAGUGUCAUGAUUGGCGUCUCCGUCGAGCCGGCCGAGUCAGUAUUCUCGCGCAUCCAAGAGCUCUCGGUGAACCGGUCAUCGCAGUCAGGGGCUGCUUCCCAGCCGUCGACGCAGCUCUUGGCGCAGAACAUCAUCAAGAAUGCCUUUAAUUUCCUUGCGAGUUUCAGUGGCACGGCCGGCCCUGGCGGCGUCGAAGUUGUGCCGUUGAAAGCGUUCGAGGAGUGGUGGAAGAAGUUCGAGAGCCGUGUCAGAUCCGAUCCCAGUUUUCUCGAAAGACCGCAGGAUUGA